GAAAGGGAUUUGUCGUGGAUUUGAUAAAAUGCAAAGACAGUAAAUUGAGAAGAAGAAGAAAAAGAAAAGAAGCAAAUGCUUACAAGGAAGCUGUCAAUGCAACAUCCUCUUCACACCCUAAAGAAGUGCAAAUCAAUCAAGCAACUUUUUCAGGUUCAUGCCCAAUCAAUCACUAGAGGUUUCUUCUAUCUCCACCCUUCUUCUUCAUCUUCUCUCCUCACUUCCAUCCUCCACUCCUUCACCUCCCUUCCUCUCUCCUCUUCACUUCACCCAACCCAUUUGCUUCACUACGUUUCCACCGUCUUCCAUCUAAUCGCUAAUCCAUCUACUUUCUGCUAUAAUCAUGUCAUCCGCUCACACACUCUACUCCGUUUCCCACUUCACGGUCUCCACUUUUACACCCAAAUGCGUCGGUCCGGUCUUCUACCAGAUUUCCACACAUUCCCCUUUGUAAUCAAGGCAUGUGCGGAGCUUCGGUCAAUUCAUUUCGGCCCAACACUUCACUGUCAGUGCAUCAGGUUUGGGUUCUUGGCAGAUGUCUUUGUCGUCAAUUGUCUUGUUAACAUGUAUUCUGCUUUUGGUCGAGUUUACGAUGCUUGUCAGGUGUUUGAUGGAAGUUUGUAUAGGGAUGUUUAUGGGUAUAAUUCAUUGAUAGAUGGGUUUGUUAAGGCAGGUGAAACUAAGCGUGCACGACAACUGUUCGAUGAAAUGCCUCAACGGGAUGCAGUGUCCUGGGCUUCUCUUUUGGCAGGAUAUUCUCACAACAGCCAGCUCAAGGAAGCUAUUGAACUAUUUGAUUUGAUGUUUGAAUCAAAAGUCUGUCCUGAUAAUGUUGCCUUGGUCUCUGUUCUUUCGGCUUGUGGACAAUUGGGUAUGUUGGAAAAGGGAAAGACCAUUCAUAGUUACAUCGAGCAAAACGGUAUCAAGAUAGAUACUUUCUUGUUAACAGCCUUAGUUGACUUAUAUUCCAAAUGUGGCUGCAUUGAAACUGCAACGAAUAUCUUCAACGCUAACAAAGAAAAGAAUCUAUUUACAUGGAAUGCAAUGUUAGGAGGACUCGCUAUGAAUGGCUAUGGUCAUCUCUUACUAAAUUACUUCUCAAGAAUGAUGAACAAUGGUGUAAAACCCGAUGGGGUAACAUUCUUGAGUCUCUUAGUCGGCUGUAGUCAUUCGGGUCUUCUCAACGAAGCCAAAAAGCUCUUUGAAGAGAUGGAGAUUGUUUAUGGAGUCCCUAAAGAGCUUAAGCACUACGGUUCCAUGGCUGAUUUGUUUGGCCGUAGUGGCUGCAUUAGAGAAGCAGAGGAAAUGAUAGAUGGGAUGCCUAUAGAUGGUGAUUUAUUUGUGUGGGGAAGUCUUCUUAGUGGAUGUAGAAAACAUGGGAUUGUGGAUGUGGCAGAGAAAGCAGCAGGGCGUGUGAUGAAAAUUAAGCCUGAAGAUGGUGGAGUUUACUCGAUAAUGGCUGAUGUUUAUGUGAAUGCAGAACGUUGGGAUGAUUUGGAAAAUGUGAGAAGGUUGAGGGAUGUGAAGAGGGUGAAGAAGAUUGCUGGUUGUAGUGUGAUUCAGUUGGAGGAUGGGACUAGUUAUGAAUUUAUAGCUGGGGAUGAUAUGCAUCCUAUGAAGAUGGAGAUUUACCAAGCGUUAAAUGGCAUUGCUCAACAUGUCGAUUGUCCAUUCUAAAAGGUUGGUUGAUAUAGAUACAUAGAUUUUUGUGUAUAUUAUUUGUUGAUAAAAACUACAUAUACUUUUUUUUCUGGAUAAUUUUAAUAAUAUAUUUUUGGGUAAUUCAAAGUGGACAGAUCUUAUGUUUGA